CGGCUCAUUGUUGCAGAAUCAUCUCUUACCGAGUUCACAAUCCUCAACGAGCUUCGUUGGUGGAGAAACACAGACACGGUGCCAAAGUGGAGCAUUCUCUUUGAGAUAUGUAGGCCAAGACUUCCCAGAACAACAGGACAUAAAAAGCGAAGCACAUCAGUUCAUCCGGAUGUUUUCGAUUUCUAUGACAGACACCUGCCGACGCCACGGAUAAACCGGCCCGGAUAUGCGGGUUUCAUAACUUUUGAAACGCAACACGGAGCUCCAGCAUCGAAAUGUCAUGAACGCGCAUGCGAGAAAGUUACUCCAACACCACAUUGA